AUGGCUGAUUGCGCGGUCCCGGACGGAGCCCCAGUGUUGGAGCUGCAAGUGGAUAUUCCCAGCCGGACAUUAGCAUCAAGCGAGUACUUCCGAUACAAGCACAUCUUCCACAAGAAGCCCAGCGACGAGGAUUUCCAACAUGCUCAGAAAGUGGCAGAAGAGGUGCGGUGCGUAGUAUGUGCCAAAAUAGUGGCAUCAUUGCUGGCAAGGGCUCGGUCGUUCAGCGAGGACGACAUAGCCGAUGUUCUUGAAGGCAAUGUGGACUACGAAAGGACAGGUGACCCUGUCACGGACCAGAUGCUGAAGCACAAGCGCGGGUGCAACAAGCACUUCAAGGACGAGCUUGUUGCUCAAGGCUACAUGCUCCGGUCAUGCCGCGAGGUGGCCCCAGACUACAAAAAUGACACCUCGCCGUGCUUGUGGCACAAUCCCGAUCCGCCAAGCCAGCAAGCUGUCGACACAUACGAGGUUUGGAAGGAAGGGCUGUUCUAUGCAGCUUGGACCAAUCUUGGUUUCUGGACAUGGUCAACCAUGAUCUGCCGAGCUCAGGCGUGCGAACAGAGCGUGUCUCGGCACACCGACGCCUUAGCCGAGGAGCUGGCCAGUCGGCUCCGAAGCCUCCAUCGCGAGGAGCAGAACCUUACGCUCAUCGCAGAGGAGGUGUGCAAAACGACGGCGAAAUGUGAUCAGAAGCGCAAGGCAGAGGUGCUCCGGAAAGAAGGCAGUGAGCAAGGAGCAGCUGGUGUGCCCAAGAAGUCAGGAAAGGGAAAGGCUUCAACGCGGGAACUCUGA